AUGGAGAUAUUAACAAAACGUAGCAACAUCGGUGGAAUGAAGAUUCUUAACGAGUACUUAGCGCUCGGCACAAUGGGUAUCACAGGUGGAUUAGCAGCCUGGGCUUCAUCUGGACCUUCAAAGCCAAAGCAAGCUGCACCAGAAGCUGCUGCUGGUAGUGCGAACCCAUCAAAAGAGGAAGAUGAAUUCAUUAAGAACUUUGUCGCUGAAUUUGAAAAGUCUGAAAAGGAGGGCAAGUAG